AGUGUGCAUCGAUUUUUACUUGAACAGUUGCGCACCCAGCAAAAGACAAAAAUUUUGCUGUUCUUUAAAAUUUAGUUUCGUUCCAUAAAAUCUAAGAAAAAUGUUACGAAUCUUCUUCCAAGAUGUGUCUAGUUUGUGUAAGAAUGUGAAUAAUAUCAACUUGCAGAGUGCAAAAAAUUAUGCAACAAAAGAGGCAUCAUUCGAAGUGAUUCGACCUUUUAAAACUCAUCAUCUCGACGACGCACCAUCAAGCACUGUCAAAGUAACACGUGAUGAAUCUCUCAAUAUAUAUAGGAAAAUGCAAGCGAUUCGUCGUCUUGAAACAUCAGCUGGCAAUCUAUAUAAAGAAAAAAUUGUGCGAGGAUUUUGUCAUUUGUAUAGUGGUCAAGAAGCGAUUGCUGUCGGAAUGAAGACGUCAAUGCGCCAACAGGACAAUAUUAUUUCCGCUUAUCGUGUGCAUGGCUGGACAUACUUAAUGGGUGUUUCUGUCCAAGGUGUUCUAUCUGAAUUGACUGGAAAGAAAGGCGGAUGUGCUCGUGGCAAAGGAGGUUCUAUGCAUAUGUACUCUCCCAACUUUUAUGGUGGAAAUGGAAUUGUUGGAGCUCAAGUACCCUUAGGAGCCGGUGUUGCACUCGCAUGCAAAUAUAAAGGAAAUGGGGGAGUUUGUCUCGCACUUUAUGGUGAUGGUGCUUCUAAUCAGGGUCAAGUGUUUGAAGCUUAUAACAUGGCGUAUUUGUGGAAACUUCCUUGCAUAUUUGUUUGUGAAAAUAAUGGAUAUGGAAUGGGAACUAGCGCUGAAAGAUCUUCAAGUAACACAGAAUAUUAUAAACGUGGCGAUGUUCUUCCAGGCUUGUGGAUUGAUGGAAUGGAUGUAUUGGCUGUUAAAGAAGGAACUCGAUAUGCAAUCGACCACGCUUUAAACAAAGGACCGAUUGUGAUUGAAGCCGCAACGUAUCGAUACUCUGGACACUCAAUGUCUGAUCCUGGCACAAGCUAUCGGACGAGAGAUGAAAUUCAAGAGGUACGUCAAAAACGUGACCCAAUUACUUCAUUUAGGGAUCGCAUGAUUGAAAGCGGCCUGGCAACUGCCGACGAAUUAAAAUCGAUUGACGUUGAAGUGAAGAAGGAAGUAGAUGCGGCAACAGCAGCAGCUAAAGCUGACAGUGAAAUAGGAAUACCUGAACUUACAUGUGAUAUUUAUUCUAUGAAUCAAGAAGGUGACGUCCGUGGCAUAACACCUGAUAGCAAACUCAAACAUAUUUCACUUAAAAAAGCAGUGAAUCUGUGAAUUCCUUAACAGCAGACGAAUUUCUUUAAACGAUUUCAGAAUAAAAUUUAAUAUUUAUGAAAUAUUUUAUUUGAUUACCGAAAUUUACAAAGUGGAAGAAACACUUUCAGCUCGCAAAUAAAUUAAAAUGUCCUCAAAACAGCUUGAUUUGUUUAAUUUUGGGAGAUUGUUCUAAAAGGAAUUGAAAAAUUUUCAUUAAAAAAUCUUUGUUGACUGUUCGUUGGAUGAAUGUUUCGUAACAGCCUGUCAAGAUCUGUCACAAAAAGCUUCUUUAUUUUUACUGCUGAGAGCUCAAGAGUUUCUGUCACAAAACAUUUUUCACGUCACCUGCGCUUUCUGCCUUUUACAGAAAAUAUUCAAUUUAAAACUUUUUAUUGAGUCUACAAUUUGGUGAAUGUUUCAUGGCCGAUUGAAUGUUCAAUGACUUGCUUCGUGUAAGACUGUUUUGAGAAGGGCUGAGAUGAAGAGUUUUGAAGCUUGUCUCAUGCUCCAUUUGUGGAGUUGUGUGCCUUUCUAGACGUUUCAUUUCGAAGCCUUCAGCAAGUGAUGAUACGAGUGACAACCGUGGUGUGUUCGAGCUAUUUGAUGUGACUGAUUGUUUGCGCGGACCGAAAGUUGAAAGAGAGCUUUUGUAAUGAGCCUCUGGUGUUAUUUGAGUAGAAUAUCGCUUUUUGUUUAAACUGUAAUUCAAUAAAGUUUCUACAUCU